GCAGAGACGCCAAAGCAGACCCCACGCCUGUCUUCCCUUGACAGUCAUCCGUAAAGAGCUGUGCCUCGUCCAUCUGCCUUAGGAUUGGACCCGACCCUGCCGCCGCCGCCGUCGACUUAUCUACCUGCUCUUCAGAGGCCUCCCUUGCUCUAUCCCUCAGCACUCUGCAGAAGAAAAAGACAAGACUCAAGUCUUCCCCACAACCAAUCCUUAAAGGUGCAGGAGGAACAACCAUCUCACAGCCUAGCUCCACCUUCCUAGGGCUGAGGUGCCUAAAAGCAGCGGGACCACGCCCACUUCUUGAGAGCAGCCAAUCAGAACUAGAGGUGCUCUUAACUCCAUUGUGAAGAAUGGUCUUAGACUGUAGAGCUCUUAAGAUUCUGAAUAGAGCCCCGGGAGUGCAGUGGGAUCUGGCUUUCUGUUUUCAAGACACCAGGAUCUGUCUUUGCAUGAAAAGAUCAUGGCUGCAGACCCAGGUCCCAAAGUUAGGGUGCCUCUAGACCGGCCACAGACUUCAGAGGAACUGGCAUUUUAUGCUCGGAGUCACACAGUCCUGACGAUCUGUGCACUGCUUCUUUUCCCACCCUUUGGAUUGUUAGCCAUCUUCUUCGCCCAAAAGGUAAAACUAUUGCCCAGACAUUGCUCAUCCUAUCCUCAAAAACCUAUACCCAUGCUCCCACUCUUACAGACCAAGGAGGCUAAUCAGUACAGCGACUGGGAAGAUGCUUAUCUGAACUCAGCUCGAACUAUUUGGAUUGAUGUAAUUGGCAUACUUGUGGGUUUAGGCAUCAUUUACUUUUGUGUCCUGUAUGUGUGACCCAGCAUCCUCGGGCUCACCCCCUACAGACAGACAUGCCCACUUAAGACACCGACCAACCACCUAGAAGAAACUCAGUGCUCCAGAUAUCCCUUAGCCAAGAAACCCACCAACCUAAAACCCAAGCAACCUGCCAGGCCAAGAAAUCCAAGGCCACCUGCCUGCACCACAUCAGCUCACUGUCAUUUGGCCUUCACAGCUGUCUCCAUCCACCAUGGAGGCCCACACUCAAGUCCUAAACCCGUGUAAGUCACUGAGCUGCUCUUUCCUGAAAAGAAAAAAAGAAUCAUAUUUCUUAACCCAAUAAAGUCGAAGGGAAUAUUCUGA